GUUUUACAAAGCAUGUAGAUGUAUGGUUUUCUAUCUAUAUUAUCAUCCGACACCACCAACUGAUAGCAGGCAUAGAACGAUUAUAAAAGUAAUUGUUUAUGAUUAUAAUUACAGUUAUUGGAGUAACCUAUUAUGAUGGCAACUACAUAAGAAGUACAGAGUGAGUGCUAUGUAUUUGGCUGUUGUACAACUUCUGUUUCAAGUAUAUUUCAAAUAACUGAAAAGUCUGAAAAGAUAAACUGACGCCUAUCGAUAACCGUUAUCGUUUGGGCAUCCAAGCAUAUGAUGUUUGCUAUCUCUUAUUAUUACUGAUAACACUUCAGUAUGUAAUGAUCAGGCGAAGCUAUCUAACUACUCAGCCGAGCUCAUAUAUACCGUGUUAUUUCAGUGAUAAAUCUCCUAAAGAUAUUCGACAUUUAGGUCUAGAAAUCGACAAAGGCUGUUAGCGAAGCAAAGAACACUAUGGUCCCGCGCAUUAGCAAGAGACGACUUGCCUGUUUUUUAUUCCUGUUGCUGUUCUUGUCACUGUAUAUGUCACAGGGAGAAGAGAGUGACAGUCCAAACGACGGCCGUUUGGAGAAGCGACGUCAGCUGCCUGUGAAGAAGGAUCGGAAAGAUCUGAUUGAAUCGGUUACACUGCCUGCCAGAUGGAACAUAUCAGAGUCACACUUGGGGGAGCUGAAAGCAAGACGCCAACACGUGCAAGAGACCUGCAGGAAACUUGGUCUCGAUCAACCGUCACAGACCAACAAACUCAAUGCGUGGGAAUUCCUGUAUAACAAGGAGUACAAGCUCUUAUGGUGUAACGUGUUCAAGGCGGCUUCAUCCACGUGGUUCUGGAAUUUCAACAUUCUCGCUGGUUACACGGAGAAGCAACUCAUCAAUGCUAAAGACGCGCCCGUCGAAUUGGCGAGGAAGCGAUAUCCCAGACCCACCAUCGGCGAAGUCCAAGAAAUUAUCGCAAGCAAUCCUCCACCCAUUUCCUUCAUGAUUACUAAACAUCCUUUUAUACGCCUCGUUUCGGCUUACCGAAACAAGAUUCUUGCCGGAAAUGCGAUAUACACUCCCCUUUUCAAGAUAAUAUACAGAAAAUACAAACACUUAGGUCCUCCGGUGCCCAGACGAAUGAAGGACGGAAGUCUUGCGGGCAAAGGCAUCUCUCCUUCUUUCAGCCAGUUCGUACAGUAUAUAUUAGACAAGGAGGCGACCGGGAAGACCUUAGAUAUGCACUGGAUUCCACAGUCUAGGUUUUGCACUCCCUGUCUUGCGAAUUUCAGCAUUUAUGCAAAGACGGAGACAUUAAACGAAGACGGAAAUUAUAUCAUCUUUACCUCUGGUAUUAACAAAGUGAUUAAACCGAAGACAGUCAACCGAUCAGUAGGCGUUCCAACAUCCCAGGUGGCGCACACGUACAUUUGCCAGCUCUCGCAACAGCAGUUUGACGGCCUGGUUAGGCUGUACCAUUACGACCUACAGUUGUUCCUGUACGACGUGGAACAAUUUAGGAACUGUGCCACGUAGCGAUGGCGUGUUUGUGUCCUUGGCUUUGGGAAGGGACGGAGUGUGAAGGAAGAAAAGGGGUUUCGUUAUAUUUUUUUAGGAAGUGGGGGGAAUAUGCGUUAUUUAUUUUAUUAUAAGAAAAUGUUAUUUUUAUUGUAUAUACCGUAUAUGUGCGAAAAAGUAUAUAUUGGAUAUAUAUCAUGUCAUUACCUAAAUAGUCCUUACCUAAAUGUCAUUACCUAAAUUAUUCUUUUUUGUUAUUUCUUUCUUGGAUUUCAAAUUAGAAUCUAAAGAUUUAUUGUCUAAGAUUCAGACUUCAGUAGAAAUCUUUCCAAUGAAAUAAAGGCUAAUAUCCCAUAUGAUUAAAAUUCGGUGUGUUGUAUAUCUAAUCCUCUUAUUUCCCUAAUGUUUACUUCCAGAGUAUAAUUUAAACACACACAUACAGGAAUUAAAUAGAAUAUAUAUAAAUUAACCCACGUCUUAUCAUCAUUGAAAUAGAACACUGAUUCAAAACUGUAGCAACGACAAGAAAAAAAAAACAUACAAAA